AUGUCUGGUGUUUGGGUUUUCAAGAAUGGGGUGGUCCGGCUGGUCGAGAACCCGGCAGCCGAGUCCAUGGGCACCAGCACUCGCCGGAAAGUGCUAGUCCAUCUUCCAAGUAAUGAAGUCAUUUCUUCUUAUACAGUUCUUGAAAAAAAGCUGUCGUCGCUCGGGUGGGAGCGAUACUACGAUGAUCCUGACCUUCUUCAGUUCCACAAACGAUCCACAGUUCAUCUCAUCUCUCUCCCCAAGGACUUCAACAAGUUCAAGUCCAUGCACAUGUUCGAUAUCGUUGUUAAGAACCGCAACAUGUUUGAAGUUAGGGACAUGUAG